AUGUCAAGGAACCCUGCGCGCUGCGUCACCGCGCCCGCGCCAGUCGCAGCCGACAUGUCUGCGCCGGCGCCUGCCUCGCGCCGCGGGCUGCUCCUGCUCACGCUAGCGCUCGUCGCGGCCGCUCAACUCGUCGAAACGCAAGACGUGUUAUGCAAAAGGGACGGCCUCUUCGCCGACUACGACAGCGAGUGUCGGGAGUACGUAAAAUGUGCGGGUGGUGUGAUGAAAAACAGAUACUCCUGCGGCCCCGGACGCGUCUUCAGCGAGGUGGCGGGGGCGUGCGUGCCGCGCCGGCGCCAGCCCUGCAUCCGGCGCCGGUGCGCGCCCGAAGAUUCGCUGGCCUACGCCACCCCCGGCACCGCCUGCCGCCACUACUACCGCUGCGAGAACGGAACCGCCGUCGACCACGCGUGCCCCUCCGGCGCCUGGUUCGACCUCGACCGGCAGGCCUGCACGCGCGGCGCCGGCACCUGCUACGAGCCGCUGUGCGCCGGCCUCCCCGACGGCACCUACCCGGACGCGUCGCACGAGUGUCGGAGGAAGCUGGAGUGUCGCGGGGCCGACCUGAAAGCCGUGACGUCCUGCCCGGGGGGCCUGUGCUCCGCGAAGUGCGCGCCGCCGCGGUCGGCCGCGAUCCCGCUGCCGGCGGGGGACGCCGACUUCUGCUCCGACGAGGCCUGCUCCUCGCUGUGCCACCAGGCCGCGGACGGGGCGUACGCGGACCGCUCGACCGGGUGUCGUGAAUAUUUCGUGUGCGAGGACCGGCGCGUGAUCCGGCGCGGGGUGUGCGAGCCGGGGCUGCUGUUCUCGGGCGGCGGCUGCGAGCCGGCGGCGCUGACGCACUGCCCGCCGCCCGCGCGCAGCCCGUGCUUCAACCGCCCGGACGGGCUGCACCGCGACUGGCGCGACUGCUCGUCGUGGUUCGACUGCCGCCGCGAGCGGGUGGUCACGCGGGGCUCGUGCGACCCGGGGCAGGUGUUCGACGGAGUGCGUUGCGUGCCGUCGGAGCGGUUCACCUGCGAGGGCCCGGCGCCGUCGGCGCAGUGCGAGGGGCUGCCGAGCGGGACGUACCAGGACAUGGAGUGGAACUGCACGCGGUACUACCACUGCGAGGGCUCGCUGCGGACCGGCCUGGCGUGCCCGGCGGGGCGGGUGUUCGACGGGGUGCGGUGCUCGGCGGCGGAGCGCUACCUGUGCCCGAGCCUGGAGCGGGACUCGUGCUUCGGGCGGGCGGACGGGCGCUACCGCGCGCUGGACACGGGCUGCCGCGGGUACUACGCGUGCGCCGGCGGCGAGAAGGCGGGCUACGCGUGCCCGGCGGGCCGCGUGUUCGACGGCGAGGCCUGCGUGCCCGCCGCGCCCGGCAUCUGCCCCAUCGAUGACUACUCGUGCUCCGGGCUCGCGGACGGCUACCAUGCGGAAAUGGAAUCGAGCUGCCACAGAUACUUCUACUGCCAAGGCGGUGACAGACUAGCAACCUUAUCGUGUCUCGGAGGCAAGAUAUUCGACGGGCACGCGUGCGUGGACCCCUCGAAACACGAGUGCGGCGCAAUGCCCGCGUCCAUGAUAGAAAAUGGCGGCCAGUUCUGCGCGCGCGACGGAUUCUUCAUCCAGCAGGGCACCGAGUGCAAACGCUACUACUUCUGCGUCACCGGCAUAAGAACUUUCCUCACCUGCCCUACCAACCAAAUCUUCAAUGGACAAGUGUGCGUUCCCAUCAACCAAUUCACAUGCCCUGGAUGAGAAUCAAGAGGGUAUAGUUAGAAAAAAAUACGACCCCAAGGGCGCCCCACGACGCGUCCAGGAGACACCGCGACGUACCUGACUUAUUUAUUCCUAUAAGGCUGUGACUAAAUACUUAUUUUAAUUAGGACUUUAGCUCUACCUCUUAGAAAUAAUACACUUCACUUUUUACUAUCAUUUUAUUGGCAUAGAAAUUUUAAGCAGCCUAACUAGUGUCUAAUAAAUUACACAGUGACUAUAUCUUACAUGUAAACUUACAAACACAAUACAGCAAGCCCCGUGAAUAGAAAAAUAACUUCUUUUAACACAGUAAAAGAUCAACUAAACAUUUUUAAAUUACAGAUAAAUAUAUUAUUUUGCAACAAAAUCUCUUAAAAAGUGAAUUAAUUUAAGGUGUUCGAUAAAUAAAUUAUAAAAUUAAUUAUAGUUAGCACGAGUAAGUAAUACAAGAUAAGUUCAACAUAUGACAAUAUAAUUUUGAAUUAAAAAUAUUAAACAUUUUCUUUAUAUUUUGAUUCAUUAAGUUUGGCAAUACUCAUUUAUAUUUAAUAAAACGUAUAACAUAAUAUUUAAUUCGUAAUCUAUGUAUGUAUAAUAAACAUUAUUUGCAUACAUAUUGUUUUUUUCGUUUUCAAUUUCAAGUCUAUAAAUACAUUUCUAUACAUUUUUUUACAUUAAACUUCGAACAAGUACGACCCUACGCUAGUCCAAUUUCAUAACAUGUCUUUUUAUAAUACAAGGACACGUUAAUUUAAUUUAUACACAAUUUAAACUUCAAUUGGUCCUCAGCGAAAGGAGUGAUCAAUGCAAAAGUGGCUCCAAACGAUACUGCAAAAAAACCCCCCUUACAAAAUCCAUGGAAAUUAAAACAGGGUCAUAAACCAUAAACGUUGUGUGAUUUGAGGAAUACGAGACCACGGAGAUUAUAUUUCUCAGGGACUUAGUACUUAUCGUUAAAACUACUUUCAGCAGAAUUCAUAACUUUUCUAUAGAUUUCGACAAGGCUUUUGCAAGUACCGUUCGACGGCACAAGGGACCUAACAUGUUGCACCAUUUGACUGCCAAGGUAAAUACCCUAUAAUGUCUAGCUAAGCAGACUUUAAUGACAUAAUUUAGAUGUUUGUUCACAUUAU